UUCGUGGCUGAUCUUUAAGAAAUACAAGACGAUCGUUCUUGCGAAGAAAAAAUAAUGAAUUCAUAUUUUAUUAACAAAGAUAGGAAAUAGAAUGAUUUACAUAGAUAAAGAAUUGUAAGUGAAUUUAUUUGUUGUUAAGUUCAAGAAAUUGAAUUCAGAAUGUAAGUGAUAUAACAGUUGAUAUAUAUACAAGUAAUGAUCCAAGAUAUUAGGAUAUCUAUGCAUUCUUAUAAUUGAAUAAGCGUGUUUGUGCAAUAAAAAUUGUUACGAGUUUCACACUCGUACUUCUUACAAUAGAGAGUUGGAUUCGACGAUUUACGGGAAGAAAAGUUUGACAGAAAUUAAGUUAGUGAAACGAGUGACAUACAAGAAUGUUUUUGAAAUAGGAGUGCGAUCUUAUAGAUCUUUAAAAUUCGUCUCAGAAUGCAACAAACGAUUACACGCAACUAAGUAACAUAACAGUAACAUAGCCGCUUUCCAAAUGUGGUGCAUAUGAGUAGCCAUUUUGACAGUGAUGAGCGCUCGGAACAGACUCGUACUAGCUUUUCUUGAAUUUGAAAAUAGAUUGAUAUAAUUAAGUGGACUAUUAGAUGUAGAAAUUUGCCGAAGUAUUUGAUUAAGGAGAAAAUGUGGCAGUCAAUUUGAAUCUAGAGAUAACAUUAAGGAAAACGUUCGUUAAGAAAAAAAUGGAAUUACAAAAUUUUCGUACAAAGACAGUGCGCCUCGGUCGAUUUCUACUUCUACAUUCGUGCUACUGAUUUUUACUUCCACGUCACCCGCGCCAAGCUGCUGCACGAUUCAACAGCGUAUUACCACCUUGUGCUUUUCAAAUUACCUGUUACUAAGAUCGUUUGUUUUUUCCCCCCUUCUUUUAGCUUUUUUUAGCGACCUUAAAGCCUUGCUCAGAUUUGUCAAGUCACUUAAAUUUUCUAGGAAUCUAAAGUAAUUCGAAAUUCUUCAUCGACAUAAAAUUUUAUUUACUUGGUUCUCUUGAAAUAUUUUCCCAUGUUUCUAUGUUUAUACUCAUUAAUCAAGUUAUUUGACUGUUAUGUUACUUGAUCUGAUAUGAAAUAUGCUUCCAAGUUUCAAAUGAAGUUGAGGUUCUUUCCUUGACCUGUUAUUUACAGUUUUGUACUUGCUGAUAUUGGUUCCCCCAAACCUCUACUUUUUCUGUAUUUUAUAUUCUGUCAUAUUUUCUAUAUACAAUAUUUCUAUUAUGUUUAUAAUUAUAAUUAUAAUAUUACAUACAUACAGUGGCUCACGAAUGUACUUCAACACCUGUCGCAGAGAAUUUUUAUAAAUAUAUCAUGUACGCGUUAUACGAAAUGGUACACGACUGUUAUGAUUAUAUUGAUAAACAGCUCGAUUAAUCUGAACAAGGCAUAACGCAAAAUUUCUUGAGUUUGUGUCUUACGAACGUCAAACUAAUCGAUUGUUUUAAUGUUGUUUAUACCGGAUUAAUAUUUGUUUGUUUUAUUCGGUAUGUGAAUGAAAGUAAUUUGCGACAGAUAGAGUUAUUUAAAGUAAAUUUUAUCUAUCUUGUGCGAGCUAAAGAGUUCCCAGUUGGUAUAUAUAUACACAAUAGUUCUAACAAACGAGUAAAAAAGAGAGAUAACUUUUAUAUGAUAACUCUCAUUUAAUUGAUGCGACAUCGACUGAAAACCAUAUGCAGAGAUAUAUCGUUGUAACAUAGAGUCUUUACAAUUAAUUGCUCAAUACUAGAUAUAAUUGAAUUCAAUAUCGAGCAUUAAUAUAGAUUGUAAGACUAAUGUUAUGAUUAUUUACAUGGUAAUGUUAUAAAAAAUACUACAAUAAAUAUUUUACUUCUACAAUUGGAAUAGUUUAAUUACGAGAUUUCAACAAGAUAUCUGUGUUUACAGUUCGUAAAAACUUUAUCAAAGUAGUCAUCUGUUAACCGCGCGUAACCGCGUAGUGCAGGAGCAAAAUAGUGAUAUUAUUACGCUGAUAAGAAUGUGGCUUUUUAUUUUGUCCGUUUUCGUCUUUGUUUAAAUUCCUCUUCGUAUCUUUCUCGAAGGAUAUAAAAUAGGACAGGAGUAAACUAAAGCUGUAAUUUUGUUGACGCAAGUGCGAACCUUCGUAUUAGGUGCCAGGAUAUAUCGUCAUUUAAAUAUAUAAUAAAGCGUAAGUUACAAGCGGCUAUCGAACAUCUAGCAAAAGCUAUUUCGUGUUUCUGAUUACUUACAAAGAUAACUCUUGAAAUUUGAUUAAUUUAUUAAUUAACAAUGUAUACAGGAAUAUCUUCGCUUAUUCGUUUCUUAAUGUUACGUACGAAUCUACAAAUGGCUGAAUUGACGAAAAAGAGAAAAGUAUGCGUAAUAGGAGCCGGCGCAGCUGGCCUCUGCGCAGCCAGACACUUUGCGCGAAGUUUGAAUUUCGAAUUGAAUGUUUUCGAGCAAACAAAUGAUAUCGGCGGUACAUGGGUUUACAAAGAAGCAACUGAAGUCGACGAAAAUGGUUUGCCCGUUCAUUCGAGCAUGUAUCGAGACUUAAGAACUAAUUUACCGGCGAAAAUUAUGAAUUUCCCUGAUUACCAGAGAUUGAACGCUGAAGAACCAUGUUGUGUGACACAUCAGGAAGUUCGGACUUACUUACAGAAUUACGCGGAAUAUUUUGAUUUAUUUAAACAUAUUCAGUUUGGAACACGAGUAGAAUCCGUUCGAUUGCAAAUUUCAGCCGAAGGUAAAGAAGAAUGGGCUGUACGAACAAAAGUUGUAAAAACAAAAGAAGAGAAAGAAAGUAUCUUUAACGUUAUAAUGAUCUGUAAUGGACAUUACUUCGAUCCUUACAUACCAGUGAUACCAGGAAUCGAAAAAUUUCCGGGUACGAUACUGCACAGUCAUUCAUAUCGAAAGUCAGAAGAUUUUUCUGGCAAAAGCGUUUUAAUAUUGGGAGCAGCUGCUUCCGGAGUCGACAUCGCUCUUGAUUUGGCUAACCACGCAUUUAGAAUAUAUUUAAGCCAUAAUAAUGAAAGAUUAAAUAGCCCCUUACCACCAAACGUAAUCGAGGUAUUAGGUGUGGAAAAAAUAGAGGAGGGGAAUAUUUUUUUAAAAGAUCAAAAUUCCAUUACAGUGGACGUAUUUAUGUUUUGUACGGGGUAUCGGUACAGUUUUCCAUUUUUAGAUGAAAAUUGUGGAAUACGAGUAGAUAAUAACUUCGUGACUCCUUUAUAUAAACAUUUAAUUAAUAUUGAUCAUCCUACAAUGUGUAUUGUUGGAGUGCCUACUGUCGUUGUUCCAUUUCCUAUGUUUCACAUGCAAAUACAAUAUUUCCUUGCAUUAUUAGAGAAAAGAGCAAGUUUACCAACAAGAUCAAUUAUGCUGGAAGAGUCGAAGGUAAAAACCUCGAAGAAAAGACAUGCACACAAAUUAAGUGACAAACAAUGGGAUUAUAACAAUGCGUUAGCUGAUGCUGGAGGUUUCGACCGUUUGCCAAAAUUCUAUAAACUCGGAUACGAAAUGUGGUCAGCGCAAAGGAAAGCGAAUCUUUUGAAUUAUAAGAGGGCUAGAUUUGUAUUAUCCAAAGAUCAAGAAACUAUUGAGUUAGUUAUACCGAAAGAAAGUGUAUAAUACUGUUAAAUAUAAUAAUACGAUGUUAUAAGCUUUUCAUAAUAUUGAAUUUAAUAAUGAUACUGAUAUUGUACAAA